AAGGAGAUUUUGGACCAAGCCUGUUGCCUUUAGAGAUUUCUUGCUGGCCGACAUGAAGGUAGCGCUGCUCCUUUUGGCCUUGGCCAAUGCCAAAGAGCUCACCAAGGAGAAUUGGGAUGCUGCAGUCAGCGGCAAGACCGUCUUCGUGAAGUUCUUGGCGCCAUGGUGAGGCCACUGCAAGAAGAUGAAGCCCGAUUGGGACAAGCUGAUGAAGGAGUACGAAUCCUCCUCCUCGAUCCUUAUUGCCGAUGUGGACUGCACCGCAGGUGGCAAGAGCAAGUGUGAAGAGAUCAGGAUCAGGGGCUACCCGUCCAUCAAGUAUGGCGACCCGGAUGACCUUCAGGACUACAGUGGUGGCCGCUCUCUCGCGGAUUUGCAGAAGUUUGCCAAGGGCCUGGGACCCAUGUGCAGCCCAGCCAACCCAGAGCUGUGCAGUGAUGAGAAGAAGAAGCAGCUCGAUGAGUUCAUGGCUCUUGAUGCAUCGAAGCGUGAGAGCAUGAUCAAAGACAAGGAGGCCGAGAUUGAGAAGUUGGAGUCCGGCUUCAAGACCUUCGUGGAGGGCCUGCAGAAGCAGUACCAGGAGGGCAGCGACAAGAAGGAUAAAGAUGUGGAGGAGAUCAAAUCUUCAGGUCUUGGACUGCUCAAGGCAGUGCAUAAUCAUGCCAAGAAGCAGAAGGGUGAGCUCUAAUGGCGAGCUCUAGUUUGUGGUAGGUAGUAGAUUCGCGGUAAGAUGUAGCAUGCUGGUGUCUUCCACAGAGAGUGUCUAGUGUCAGCAUGAGCUCAGCGAUUGAGGCUGUGGUGCUUAAAGAGUACCUCAUCGGAAUGCUGGGCUUUGCGGAUGAUUAGUGCAUGACAUGGAUUUCUCAGCAGGGCUUAGAGAACAUGGGCUAAGCCGCGAGUUUUGGCCGCUGCAAAGGCAGUCGAAUCCAUCUCGAGGAGAAUACCAGUGACCGACU